AUGGGCGCAGCAAUGCCACUCUCUGGUGUUGCGCUUAGCCGGGUGCUGGCCCUCGGCUUGACGCUGGUCGUCAUUCUGGGCAUCGCCAUCAACCAGCUCCAGCUCGGCGACGAUCCCUAUCGCUGCAAGGCCCUGCUCAACGACGGCAACUGGCUCGACACACCUGCAGAGAAUGGAAGCAGGGCGCCUUUUAACACAUGGCAGCCGCCUGGAUGCAUGAUUCACAAGUACAAGAAGGAGGAGAUUGAGCAGUGCAUGGAGGGACGACACAUGCUCUUCGUUGGCGAUUCUACGACUCGACAGGUCUUUUAUGGCAUGGCUCGUCUGCUCGACAGCGAUAAGGCUGAGCAAGUUCAGGCCAAGAGCCUGAAGCACGAGAGCCACGACGAGGUAUUUGGUGGCAUCCGACUCAAGGAAAUCUGGGAUCCCUUUGGCAACGACAGCGCCAUCGCCCACGACGAACUCGCCCUCUACCGCCAAGAGAGACUCGACAAGGUCCCCGUCGAGGAGCAAAAGGGCCCUGCUCUGGCCUUUAUGGGCAUGGGAGUCUGGUUCGCCGCCCGCUUCGAGAAGGAGGAGUCGCUCCCCAGGUUCAAGUCUGCCUUCGCCAACGUCUCCGAACUUGUCUCUCACAAGGACUUUGCGCCUUUCGGCAACCGACCCAUGGACCCUCGGGAUGGAAUUGGCACAGAGAUGUUCUUCGCGCCUGUUGCCCCGCCUUUCUACGAUGAGCUGCCCGAGUACCGCAAGACUGGCAUCGCUUCUCAGCCUGGUGAGGUUGAGGCCAUCGACGAGUUCCUCAAGACCCAGGAGGUCGAGUCUGGUAUUCCCAUGAUGUGGUCAUUCCCUGCCCUGUCGUACGAACAGAAGGAUGCCAUCGGCGACCACGAGAACGGCUUCCAUGUGACUGACAGUGUCGCGGAGAUGAAGGCUCAUAUCCUUCUCAACCUCCGCUGCAACGCCAAGCUCGACAUGCAGAAGUCCUACCCUUACGACCGCACUUGCUGUACUAACUACGGCGAGAAGUCUCUCGUCCAGAUCAUCCUCGUGACACUCGGUAUCCUUUACGUUGGCGGUGCUGCCAUCACCGAGAUCAUCGCCCUCCGAUCCAGCGAGGCCCCCAAGUGGGCUAUCUUCAACCUCGAUGUCGCUACCUUCGUCACUGGCCUGCUCGCCUGCUAUUGGGCCGACCGGACCCAGUCGUUUGCCAAGGGUUCCAAGGAGUACAACAUGUUCGACUUCAACCUUCUCUCCGCCAUUUGUGUCAUCAUUGGUUUGGCUUUCAUGACAAAGUCCAAGCCUCCACCACCCCGGCCCGGCGCCCAAGCUGCUGCCACUGCCGCCCCCGCGACUCUUGACGACGCGAAGCCUUUAUCUCGUGACCAGACUGAUGAGUGGAAGGGUUGGAUGCAGGCUCUCAUCCUCGUCUAUCACUGGACCGGUGCUUCCAGAGACCUCAACAUCUACGUCGGCAUCCGUCUCUUGGUCGCUGCGUAUCUCUUCCAGACUGGUUUCGGCCAUGGUGUUUUCUUCAGCUCCAAGAAGGACUUCUCCUUCAAGCGAAUCGCUGCCGUGCUUCUCCGUCUCAACCUCCUCAGCUGUGCUCUCCCCUUCUUCAUGAACACCGACUACAUGUUCUACUACUUUGCUCCCCUCGUCAGCUUCUGGUUCCUCAUCAUCUAUGCGCUUUUUGCUAUUGGCCAGAAGUACAAUGACAACACCUGGGCUCUCAUGGGUAAGAUUGCCAUCUCAGCUGCUAUCUGCCCCGGAGCUAUGUUGUGGACUCCUGUUCUUCAGUGGGUCUUCGAUGCAUUGAACAUUGUCUUCAAGAUUGAGUGGGAUCUUCAUGAGUGGCAGUUCCGCCUUGGCUUGGAUGGUUUGAUUGUCUACGUUGGUAUUAUCAUGGGUGUCUGUUCUGUCCGAACCAAGAUCUACAACAAGAUCCUCACUCAGUCAUACGGUCUGGCCGGUAUUGCUGGUGUUCUCUCUAUGCCUUUGUACUGGUGGGUUGCCGUAAGCUCUGCUGAGAAAAAGCAAGACUACACCGCCCUCCACCCCGUCUUCUCCUUCAUCCCCAUCAUGGGCUUUAUCGCCGCUCGCAACAUGUUCCCUGCCGCCCGCACAUGGUACUCCCGUACCUUCGCCUGGAUCGGUCGCUGCUCUCUGGAGACCUUCACCCUCCAAUUCCACAUUCUUCUGGCGGCUGACACCAAGGGUCUCCUCCUCCUCGACAUCUUCAAGGGCGACGGCACCCUUCUCUGUGACCGCUGGAGGUCUCUGAUCAUUAUUGUUCCCAUUUUCCUCUGGCUCAGCUCUCGCGUGGCUGAUGCUACAGGUGGCAUGGUCAAGCUGUUGACCAUGGACUGGGCCGUCGAGGAGCAAGCAGAGCAGUACGACAUUGAGGCCAAGGCUGAUGCCGAGCCUCUUAUGGGUGGUAAUGUGCUUUUGUCGCCGUUUACCCGACAUUUGCCUUCAACUUCAUCCUGGGCCAAUAAUCUCAAGAUCCGCAUGCUUGGCCUCUUUGUCCUCCUCUGGGCCCUCAACUUGUUCUAUUAG